CAUCACUGUAAUACCAAGGAGUUGGCAGCGCAGCGCCUGUCUGGCUCCUGCAGGGCAGAGUGGUGAGGUUAAGUGGUCUAAUGACACAAGGUAGGGUUGUGAAGUCACAGAGGAAGUGGGAUGCUGCAGCCAGGGGACUGAAGCUGGCUACCCAAGGAUGGGGAAGACAUUACCCAAACAAGAUUCUGUGUUUUCUGCCUGUGGAAGGGAGCCUCUGGAACUGGCAGGGCAUAUCUGGGGCCCGAGGUGGACCAAUGAGUCAGAUGCAGAGGCCUCCAUGGCUGUAAUAAGCCUCAUGUUCUUGGCAGUGAUGUAUGUUGUUCACCACCCCCUGAUGGUCAGUGACCGGAUGGACCUGGACACACUAGCCAGGAGUCGGCAGCUGGAGAAACGAAUGAGCGAGGAGAUGCGGCAGUUAGAGAUAGAGUUUGAAGAAAGAAGUCGAGCAGCUGAGCAGAGGCAGAAAGUGGAGAACUUCUGGAGAGGGGACACAUCCAGUGACCAGUUAGUGCUGGGGAAGAAAGACAUGGGAUGGCUGUUCCAGGCCAGUGGCCAAGAUGAGGGGCCUCUGGUCUGGAUACUGGGAAACCUGUGGAAUGCAGGACUCUUUUGCCUUUUUCUCAUCUUUGAGCUCCUGCGACAGAACAUGCAGCAUGAGCCAGCCUUUGAGUCCAGCAGCGAGGAGGAAGAGGAAGAAAUCCGUGUUGUGCCCGCCUCCUUUUACACUUGGCUCUCUAAUUUUCCCUCCCAGAAAGCCCUGGAAUCCUUUUACAAACAUUAUAUCCAAAAUGUCAUCCGUGACCUGCCCUGCACCUGUGAGUUUGUGGAGAGCUUUGUGGAUGAUCUCAUUGAGGCCUGUCGGGUGCUGAGCCGCCGGGAGGCUCACCCACAGUUGGAGGACUGCCUGGGCAUUGGGGCUGCCUUUGAGAAGUGGGGGACCCUCCACGAGACACAGAAGUUUGAUGUCCUCGUGCCCAUUGUCCCCCCACAGGGCACUAGGUUUAUCUUGGAGAUGAGAGAUCCGGCUCUGGGCCAUCGUUGUGGCUGUGUGAAGGUGGACUCUGAAUGCGUGUGCAAACAUGAGAAACUCUUGGGGGAUGUGGUAUGUCUGGUGCACCACAGGGACCACUCAGCCAUGUUGAGCAAGAGUACUAGCUCCAUUACGGCAGCUCUCUGCACCAGCUCGCACCUGGACGUGUGUAAGACUGUGCAGUGGUUCCGAAAUAUGGUGAGCAAUGCCUGGGCGCUAGUGGCUCACAAAUACGACUUUAAGCUCACUCUCCCACCGUCCACCACCUCCUGCAAGCUCAGGUUGGAUUACCGCUCGGGCCGCUCUCUAUCAAUCAGUUUGGUUCUAGGGGUGCAACGGGAAGAUACCUUGGUCUACCUGGUGAGUCAGGCCCCUGAGCGAGAACAGCUCACUAGUGUGGAUUGGCCUGAGUCCUUUGCAGCUUGUGAACACUUGUUUCUGAAGCUGGUGGGGCGCUCUGCUCCUGAGAACACUUGCUACCUCAAGUGCCUGCAGAUUAUUUUGAGUCUUCAGGACCAUCAGAUCUUACCCCCGGGAGCAUCCCGCCCCAUUCUCACUUCCUACCACUUCAAAACAGCCCUCAUGCACUUGUUGCUACGACUGCCUCUGACAGACUGGCAGCACAGCAUGCUCUCUGAGCGCCUGGAGGACCUCUUCUGGUUCUUAGGCCGAGGCCUCCAGCAAAGGUCUCUCCAUCAUUUCCUCAUUGGUAACACCCACCUGCCCCUGACCAUCCCCAUUCCUAAGGCAUUUCGGAAUGCUGAGCCUGUCAACCUUUUCCAGCACCUGGUACUAAACCCAGUGGCCCACUCACAGGCAGUGGAGGAAUUCCACAACCUUUUGGCCCAGGUGAAAACUCUGCCUUGCUCCCCAGUGGCUGGAGGACUUUUAUGGGAAGGCCAUUAAAAUAUAUACAUUUAUAUAUAGGUAUUUCUGAUUCCUCAGGCU